GGAGCGCAGUUUCUCUAUUUGAGUCCUUUUUUAUUUUGGGAAAAAAACUUUUUCGGUGUCCUCAUGGUGUCCGGUGCAGCCGAGGUGUUUAGCUUCUCCUAUCCGAGUUUUUCGGACGUGAUGCCGCGACUGUCACGGACGAUGGAGUCGGGACCUGAGCCGGGGAGGCACUGAAGACGGUCUCUCUCCCCAGGGAGAGUUCUCCCUCCCCUUUCCCGGGGCGAUGCGGAUCUCCUUCCUCCCUCUCACCGCCUCUCUGUGUGCCUUGGUCCUCCUCCUCGCACCUGCCUCGGAGGGCUGCGGGCCGGGGAGGGGGUACGGCAAGAGGCGGCUCCCGAAGAAGCUCACGCCGCUCGCCUACAAGCAGUUCAGCCCCAACGUUGCCGAGAAGACCCUGGGAGCCAGCGGGCGACCCGAGGGCAAAAUUACGCGCAACUCGGAGCGAUUCAAAGAACUGACGCCGAAUUACAACACAGACAUUAUCUUCAAGGAUGAGGAGGACACGGGCGCAGACAGGCUCAUGACACAGCGUUGUAAAGACAAGUUGAACUCUCUGGCCAUCUCCGUGAUGAACAUGUGGCCGGGCGUGAAGCUGAGGGUGACAGAGGGCUGGGAUGAAGAUGGCCACCACUCAGAGGACUCGCUGCACUAUGAGGGACGUGCCGUUGACAUCACUACGUCAGACAGGGACAGAAAUAAGUAUGCCAUGUUGGCACGGUUGGCAGUAGAAGCUGGAUUCGACUGGGUCUACUACGAGUCCAAAGCCCAUAUUCACUGUAGCGUCAAGUCAGAACACUCUGUGGCAGCCAAAACCGGUGGUUGUUUCCCAGGUGAUGCUCAGGUUAAUCUUGAGGGAGGGGCUACAAAACAGAUGCGCGAUCUUCACCCCGGUGACCGUGUCUUAGCUUCCUCAUCGACAGAUGGCAGCGGUCCUCUUCUCUACAGCCCACUUUUAUCCUUCCUCGACCGCCAGCCCAACGCCACAAAGACCUUCUAUGUCAUUGGCACAGAGACAGGACUUAAUAUUACUCUCACAGCUGCUCACCUGAUCUUUGCCACAGACUGCGCUGGUGGGCAGAGAGAGCUGAGACAGGAGGACGAAGUUAAAGAUACACUUUUGGGCUCCAUACUGGGGCGUAGGCCUCACUGGGAGGCAGAUCUGAAGUCAGUUUUUGCCAGCGAGGUCCGUCCAGGACAGUGCGUACUCACGCCGCAAGGGAAGGUGGGGUCAGAGGCAGCAUUUUCUGUUGUAUCCUUUGUGGAGGAACAGAGGACCACCGGUCUGUACGCCCCACUCACCCAGCAUGGGUCUAUAGUGGUGAACGGUGUGCUGGCGUCCUGCUAUGCUGCUGUGGACAAUCACCACUUGGCCCACUGGGUCCUAUCCCCACUGAGAUUCCUCUACAGCCUGAUAGGGCCUUUAGAACCGCAGACUGAAGGGCUGCACUGGUAUCCCCGGCUUCUACAGAGGCUGGGGCAAACGCUGCUGGACGCUGGACACUUCCACCCCUGGGGGAUCGAGCAAGGACAUAGAUAGGAUCCACAGAGACACUUCAAUAACCUGUAUUCAGGAGCGCUAAAGGACAGAGCACAACUGUCUCUCUCUCCACAGAGGAAAGCGAUAGAGGGACCACCAAAGACAAUUGAUUUAAUUGUGUAAAUGUAUUUUGUACUAAAUCUACUUGCCUGUAUUUGCUGUACUUCAACAAACUCCAAAAAUUGUACGGAGACAAAAAAAGACUGAGAUGUUUCAGAAGAUCGUAUAAAUGAAUAUCCCAUUUAAAGCUCUAACACCAACACAAAUUCACUCCCGUUCAAUCCGCUCACCUUGGAGAUGAAAAGCAAAGACUGUGACUUAAAGUUUGCAGUGUGCAGGAUUUAUGAGGAUCUAUUGGCAGAAAUUGAACAUAAUAUCCAAAGUGUUGUUUUCAUCUGUGUACAAUCGCCUGAAACUAAAAUUCAUUGUGUUUUUGUUACUUCAGACUGAGCCUUUAUAUCUAGAUCAAGAGAAGGCCCUCUUCCACAGAGGCUGCCAUGUUACGCUUCCAUGUUUCUACAGUAGCCUGGAGCGGACUAACCAAAUAUUGGAUCUAGAGAGGACCAUUCAUCUCUCUUUGUUACCUGAAGGCAACUGUAGAUUCUUCUACACACUUAGAAAGGUAGGGUGAGGGAAGGGGGUAUUCAGUUGGUUGCCAUCUGCAACCUCACCACUAGAUGCCACUAAAUCCUACACACUGGUACUUUAAAUCUAUGGCUUUAAUCAAAAAAGUAGGUAUAGUGAAUUAAGACAAUCAUGUUUCCUCAUUCCUUUUGUACUGUAUUUAUUGUAAUCUCUCAACAUUUCUGCAUUUGAUAUCAAGCUGGGACAUUCUGUUACAGUUAGACAUAAUGGACACAUGAGGAAGAAGGUGAAGGAAACUAGGGACCGAACAUUUAAAGCCUUGUGUGUACAUAGGUAUUUAUACAGUUAAUUGAUUUUAAGAAGAAGAACAAUUGAACUCUACUGUUGAAAAUCAUAGUUUCAGUCUAUAGAGCCUGAGAUGUAUAUCAGAAUAAAUUGACAAAAUAAUAUUUAACUGCAAAACCUCUGAAUCUCAUUAAAAUGUGUAUGGUGAGGUUCUUUGUAAUUACUGAAUGCAGUGUAUCAAUAUGCUGGUGUUGCACUGUAGUUUCACAACCAAAAACAGCCACGUUGGAAACAAUACUGACUGUCAGGGAAUGAUGAUGGACUGUGUCGCAGUGUUUUUAGGUGUCUGUCUGCCACAAUCAUCCAACUUGAUUGUAUCAGACCGAAUUAUAUGGUUCAUUUUUAUGUCUUAAUGUUUUGAUCAGAUAUUUUGUGACAUGUUUUUCAUGAGGUUUCAGAUUUUCAAUUUUCAGGUCAGUAGUCCCUAGGUAAGACAUACACAAUACUCAGGCUGUAUUCAACUACUGUAUUAAGCAACAGCUAUGCAUCUUGAUAAAUAACCUUUAUCUUUAAUCUUGAAUAGAAAAUUUCCUUUACAUUUACAUUUUGUAUUUCAUCUGGCAACCAAGACCUCAUUGGGCCGAGGUUCAGAGAAUCAGAUCUCUAACACUAGGAAAAGAUAUGUGUCUGAAAACAUAUUAAUACACAUGUAGUUCCUUUUACCCAAGUGUCCCUUCAGGAAACACUCAAUGAGCACAUUCUGUGACUCAAGAAAAUUUGCAAUUAUCAAUAGGAACUCCAAGGGCUUUCUUCUAUAUGCCUGCUCAACGAUUUGUUAAAUAUGUAUAUUAAGCUUUUGUUGGAGAGACUAUUUAAAGAUCUAUUUUUAGAAAAUAAUGUUAACUAUUAUUAUUUUUG